CGAAACCACUUUAACGACCACCACAAUGGCGCCGUCUACCCUUGAGAACAGGAGCGUCUCCGCUUCCGUCCCCGCCGGCGAUGUCAACGACACCAACGGUAGCAAGAAGCGCAAGGCAAGCAUGUCGCAGCAGACCUAUGGUCACUACAACAAGGGCAUGAACACGAGCAUGAUCCAGUCCAAGUUCCUCUCCAACCCGGAGGACUUGGGCAUCGUCGCUGUGGGCUUCUCGGGUGGUCAGUGCAAACCCGGUGUCGAUGCUGCCCCCUCCGCCCUGAUCGAGUCCGGCCUCCUCACCCAGCUCCGCGAUGAACUGGGCUACCGCCUCCAUGGCGACGACACCGUACACCUCUACACCGACCUCGUCCCCGCCGCCGGCGAAGAUCCUCCCUACCGCGGCAUGAAGAACCCUCGUGCCGUCUCUGCCGUGACCCGCCGCAUUGCCGACCAGGUCUAUAGCCACGCUAGCCAAGGCCGCCUCGUCCUCACCCUAGGUGGUGACCACUCCAUCGCCAUUGGCACCGUCGGCGGCACGGCGCGCGCCAUACGCGAGAGGCUGGGUCGCGAGGUCGCCGUCAUCUGGGUCGACGCGCACGCCGACAUCAACACACCCGAGACGAGCGGGUCCGGCAACGUUCACGGCAUGCCUGUCGCUUUCCUCACGGGCCUGGCGCGUGAGGAUAAGGAGGAGUACUUUGGCUGGCUGCAGGAGGAGAACAGGUUGUCGCUGCGGAAGCUGGUGUACAUUGGCCUGCGGGACGUCGAUGCAGGCGAGAAGAGGAUCCUGAGGGAGAACGGUAUCCGUGCUUUCAGCAUGUUUGAUAUCGACCGGCACGGAAUUGGCCGCGUCAUGGAGAUGGCCCUCGCACACAUCGGGAACGACACACCUAUCCACCUCUCCUUUGACGGCGAUUACAUCGCCGAGUGCGUCCACGAGACCGGCAACCUGGUCGCCAUGGAUCUGGUCGAGGUCAACCCCAAGCUGGUCGCUGGCGAGAACGAUGUCGGCGCCAACGAGACCGUCCGGGCCGGCUGCAGCCUGGUCAGGUGUGCACUGGGUGAGAGCCUGCUGUAGGCUGAAUAAAGGAAAGAGACUGGGCUUGGACAAGAAGGUGGGGUGGCAAGACGGGGGGAGAGGGGGGGGGGGGGGUUUAUGCAUGUGCUCACCAUUAUAAUUGAUAGCAUGAGAUGCCGUGUAUGCCAAGCAGAAGCACACUCGAUUCACCAGCUAGAAGAAAAGUUCCCAAUC